GAUGUAAAAUGUGCUCCAAUAUUGAGUCAUAGACGAUCUUUGAUUCCAUCUUUGUAACCAUGCCAACGGUCCCGGCCGUUGACGUCUGUCACGUCCCGCCGUUACGUCGGCAGGGUAGGAAGUACGGCGAGCAGUCAGUCCGCGAUGAUGGAGCUCUGUCAAGGCGACAGCGCUCACGAUGAAGAUAUCUGACAUUUCGAGGGACAUCAUGCACAUUUUGCCUGCUUGACACGCGAUGUAACUCUUGAGUCAGAUAUGACUCGGAUGCUUGUAGCUGGCAGUUAGCUUAGCGCUCAUCCAUCCUGCUACAUACAGCCGGAGCUCCAGCAGCAGGCGGCUAGCAGCUCAGCUGAUCCGCUGCAGCACCUCACACAGCCCGGACAGGAGAAGAUGAGGAGGAGGCCUUAAAUGUAGGAUCGGCGGCGGUGUGUUCACUUAUCAGAUACAGACAUGGCGUCCCAGCUCCAGGUGUUCUCCUCUCCCUCUGUGUCCUCCAGUGCCUACUCUCGUUCAAAGAGGCUUAAAGUAGAGAACCCUGCCUGGGAUGUAUCCAACCAGCUGGGGGACAAUGGUUACUACCAGCAGAGCCCCACGCAGGGAGCUGCACCCUCCACUUCUGGCUCCAACUUCAACCCGGUGUACAAUGCCAACCAGGUGCACCCGCCAACAGCAGGCUCCAGGGAGCAGACGGUGGUGCGGGCAGCAGACAGCACAGGUAGCCUCCGCGGACCUCCCUCCUCCUCCUCCUCCUCGUCCUCCUCCAGCCGCCGCAUCAAGGAUGCAGAGUCCUCCUCCCAGCCGUGCGACCUCUACCACAAGCAGUACAGCUUGAAGCGGAAAAGCGAGGAGGUGGACAGCAGCGACAGCGUCCAGAUACUGGAAGAGCUCUCAGCCCCCGUUGUGUCAAACCGCACCGGUGGUGGAGGAGGGACCACCACAGCUCAGUCCAUAGCACAUUCCACUUCUACUACGAAGAGCAGCAACUCCCACAGCGAGGGCGACUACCAGCUGGUCCAGCACGAGAUUCUGUGCUCGAUGUCCAACAGUUACGAGGUGCUCGAGUUCCUGGGACGCGGCACCUUCGGCCAGGUGGCAAAAUGCUGGAAGCGUGGCACAAAUGAGAUUGUGGCGAUCAAAAUCUUGAAGAACCAUCCCUCUUAUGCUCGACAAGGUCAAAUUGAAGUGAGCAUCCUUAGCCGGCUGAGCACAGAAAACGCUGAUGAGUUCAAUUUUGUGCGCUCAUACGAGUGUUUCCAGCACAAGAACCACACGUGCCUUGUGUUUGAGAUGCUGGAGCAGAACCUCUACGACUUCCUGAAGCACAGCAAGUUCAGCCCUCUGCUACUCAAAUGUAUACGGCCUAUUCUGCAGCAAGUGGCCACGGCACUGAUGAAGCUGAAAAGCCUGGGGUUGAUCCAUGCCGACCUGAAGCCAGAAAACAUUAUGUUGGUUGACCCUCUGAGGCAGCCGUACAGGGUGAAAGUCAUUGAUUUCGGCUCUGCCAGCCACGUGUCCAAAGCUGUUUGCUCCACAUACCUGCAGUCACGCUACUACAGAGCUCCAGAGAUCAUUCUGGGCCUUCCUUUCUGUGAAGCGAUCGACAUGUGGUCUUUGGGAUGUGUCAUUGCUGAGCUAUUCUUGGGUUGGCCCCUCUAUCCCGGAGCCUCCGAGUAUGAUCAGAUUCGUUACAUUUCUCAGACGCAGGGCCUUCCAGCAGAGUACCUGCUCAGUGCAGGAACCAAGACCAGCCGUUUUUUCAACAGAGGCCCCGACUCGAGCUACCCCCUCUGGAGACUCAAAACCCCUGCAGAGCACGAGGCAGAGAUGGGGAUAAAGUCGAAAGAGGCGAGAAAAUACAUCUUCAACUGUCUUGAUGAUAUGAUGCAGGUGAACAUGACAAACCUGGAAGGGACAGACAUCUUGGCGGAGAAGGCCGACAGACGGGAGUUCAUAGAUUUGCUGAAGAAGAUGUUGACUCUAGAUGCAGACAAACGGAUCACGCCCAUGAAGACACUGAACCACCCCUUCGUUACCAUGACGCACCUGCUGCACUUCCCUCACAGCUCGCAUGUGAAGUCCUGCUUCCAAAAUAUGGACAUAUGCAAACGCAGAUGCAGCGCCUUCGAGAAUGGAAAAAAUAUGUUUGCCAGCAACAACACCCCAAGUGCAGCCACCAACCUCACAGUCACCUUCAGCAGCCAACUGAACCAGCACAAUCAGAUGGCUUCAACAGGAGGCCAGUCCCUGUCCCUCAGCAGUAAUGUCCCGUUGCUGAACUACCAGCCCGGCCUUUACCAGCAGGCCACCAUAAACAUCCCUGGCCUGGCCCAGCAGGGCGUGCCCCUGCAGACCAGACCCACCCAGCUCUGUACCCAGACCGAGCCCUUCCAGCAAACCCUCAUCGUUUGCCCACCCACCAUCCAGGGUCUUCAAACAUCCAAUAAGCCCUCUGGUUACCCAGUGAGGAUGGACAACUCAGUACCUUUAGUUCCUCAGAACCAGUCGUCCCAGCCUCUUCACAUCCAGCCUAGCAUGCUGGCACAGCAGGGCUGGCCAGCAGGCACACAACAGAUCCUCAUCCCUUCCACAUGGCAGCAGAUGCCUGGCAUGGCCAUCCAUAACCCUGGGCAGGCCGUAGUGCCCGACUCACCCAUGGGAGCCCCUGUCUCCGAUAGUCAACAAGCUUCUGGCUGGAGGGGUCGUCACGGCAGCCAGUACGAUGGAGGCAGCCAGCAGGACUCUGGCGUGGGCCGUCACGCUGCCUCCCAAAGCCACAGCACCGGGGCCGCUCACUCAAGAUCCCAACAGGGCAAGAGGUCAAAGGCUCGACAUGCUGAGAGCAGAGCCAGGCCUGUGUCGUCAGUGCUUUCGUCCACCACUGUGGUCCACAACACUUCUACUUUGGCCGGUGAUCAGUCUCAGCCAAUCGUCAUCUCUGACACGCCAAGUCCUGCCGUCAGCAUCAUCACCAUCCACAGCGACUCAGAGGACGAAGAUGACAGGAAGUUCCCUGCUGCCUGCUCUGGAACGAGCCAGAGGACCAACGUGAUUAGCUGUGUGACGGUACACGACUCCCACGACUCUGACUCUUCCACCAGCAGCCCCCUCAGCCCCAAGACCUCCUCGCAGCCCACCAAGUCUCUGGCCGUCAUCAUGCCCUCUGUGAAGAGCCAGCCUGGGGAGAGCACAACCCACAAAGCUCCAGCAGCUCCAGAUCAAGCUACAAGUGGCUCUAGUAAGGCCAAGAAGGGGUCAUCUCAGCAGUCCAGUCGGCCAGGAGACUCCAACACGGAGCGCCAUCAGCGGGCUGCAUCCAGCAGAUCUCAGCCUCUCAACUUGAGUCAGGUACAGCAGUCUGUGAUGUCAUCAUCUCAUGACCAAACAGGAAGCAGUACAUCUCUGAGGCGGCAGCCCACAUACCCUCCUCCCGUCUCCUCCCACUCCUCCUACCGGCUUCAUGAGAACACGCUCUUCAGCUCGACCCCUAACCUGUAUGCCUACCCUGCAUCCGCCGCCCUGGCCUCCGUGUCCCAGGCUGUGGACCAGAUGCAAGGCGCCUCGUCCCGCCACGGCAGGGCGAGCGGGGCUUAUUCUUCCCUGGCGCUGCUCCAAAAGAAUGGCAGCUUAGCCCUGGGAGGGUCUACUCCGGGACAGUACGGCAACCACCACCAACAACAGCAGCAGCAGCAUCAGCUGGGAGGGCAGCCUUUCCACCGUUCCAGUGCUACCUACCCCCGAAAACUCAACCAGUAUCCUUACCUGUAAAGACUGAUGGAGACAGACGCUGGCACCGUAGCUCUGCAUGAAGACCAAAUGGAGACCGAGACUAGAGACGAGCACAAGCUCAUCAUAGGUGGCUGUGAUUGGACCUGUUUCAACUUUUCUUUAUCGUCCGGUCCUUGUUUUUGAAACUUUCUCUGAUUAUUUUGCAAAAAAUAAUCACAGAAUGUAUUUAUAUUUUAAUCAUGGUCAGUUUAAAAAAAAUCUUUUCCAACUUUACAUUUUCUUUGUGUUGCAUACUGUAUGUUAACAGCGACAAACAGCGUAGUCUGUAAGUAUUUGAACAGCGUUGUGUUGGCUCUGGACUCCAGCACACUGGAUUUGAAACGAAACAUUGGGCCUCGUGCAAAAACGACUCGUACAAACAGAUUAAUUCUGAAGAGAUGAAGAGGAAAACACUAGUUUGACUUAGAAUUAUAAUGUCAUGAGUUUGAAGCGGCUAUAAUCAAUAUUUUUAUAAUAGCAAUGUAUCAAAUGACUGUGUAAUGUGUGAGGCGCUGCUUGUAGUGAUUAACCUACAGAGAAUUAUCAGCGACUCUGCAGCUUUCCUCGGCUUUACGGAGCUUUAUAGUGACUUUCAGCUCAUUAUUUAGCUGUCCAGCCACAACUGUACUGUUAACAGAGCUAAAAGAGUGAAAAUUGGACUUACAUUCACCAGAUGGACAGAAACACGACUCUAAAUGAAUGAAAAUG